CAGAUCCACGCGGCGCACCACUUUUUGCUGUGCGGGUUCCUGAGUCCCAAGUCCAAUGUCCGCACCGAUGAGUACGGCGGCAGCCUGGAGAACCGGAUGCGGCUAAUCCUCGAGAUUGGGCGCGAGGUACACCGCCGGACGCCACCCGACUUCGUCCUCGGCAUCAAGAUCAACAGCACCGAGUUUCAGGACACGGGGUUGGUGACGGCCGAGGCCAACUCGUUGUGCCAGCAGCUCGAGGCCCACCGCUUUGACUUUGUCGAGCUGAGCGGGGGCUCGUACGAAAAGGUCAUGUACUCGCACCUCCGCGAAACCACCAAGAAGCGCGAGGCCUUUUUCCUCGAGUUUGCCGAUCGCAUUGCGCCCGGCCUGACCCGGACAAAGGUCUUUGUGACGGGUGGCCUGCGGACCGUGGGCGGCAUGGUGUGCGCGCUCGACACGGUCGACGGCAUUGGGCUCGGCCGGCCGCUGACGGACGAGUGGCACCUUUGCAAGGACAUUCUCGAGGGCCGCGUCGAUGGCGCCGUGGUGCCUCAGAUUGACCCUGGCGAAUUUUGGCUCGCGUUGAUGGCUGGGAAUCGAAAUAUGCGACUGGUGGGCAUGGGCCUGGAGCCUGCGCCUUUGUGGAAAAAGGAGGUGAUUGAUCAGCUGCGGUCGGGAUACAAGGAGUGGACAGAGAACAAGAGUACGGAAAAGGAGUUGGGUUACUACGAGGUUUUCGAUGCUGGAUUUGCAACAAAUGGGCAAGUUUGA